GAAUAGAAACAGAAACUCUGAGAAAGAGAUUUACGAACGUGUUUACGCUUCGAUACGGAUACGGUCCCAUCCCUGUCUUUCUCUUUUCUGAAUUUUCUCUCACUAAAAACCUCUCUCUCUCUUUCUCUCUCUAAAAACCUCUCUCUCUCUGUUCACUUCUUCAAUCUCAGCUUCGUUUUCGAUCUCUUCACAAUUUCUCUCUCCGAUUCGUACAAUGUUACAAUCCACAAUCCCUAACUCGUUCUUAACUCACUCACUUUUAUUUCUCCGAUGAUCAUGGAACUCACCGAUUCCACCGCCGGUAGUAACAACAACCUCAACAACAACAUCCCUCCGCCGCCGCAACAACCACCACCACAAUCACCGCCGCUUAACAACUACCAAGACACUCGUUCUAUUCUCUGCAUCGACCUCAACGAGAUCCCUUCACCUUCUUCUUCAUUCCCCGAAACCCUACUUGACUCAACAAUCGACAUCGUUCGUACCUAUCACGAGAAUCCAGCUCCACCUCCCGGUGGUCCUGCUGCUCUUCCUACUGGUACAACUGCCUGCGUCGUUUGUGCUAAAUCCUCAUCCUCCUCCGGCGGCGGUGGUAAUUGUUUAGUUUGCGACGGCUGUGAGCGGAGUUUUCACCUGGCUUGUGCUGGGAUUCGAGGCGGCGGUGGUCGACAAGGUGCUGCAAGUAUAGGAGAGUGGGUUUGUGGUGAGUGUUUGGCUAGUGGUGUGAAGAGUAAACGGUGGCCGUUGGGUGUGAAGUCGAAGCAGCUUCUUGAUAUCAAUGCUUCACCACCUAGUGAUGUUGAUGGGGAGGAGUUGCAUGAUGCGAGAAAGCACACUAUGGGUGAUAAAUCUCUUGGUGCCAAUCAAUUUGGUGCUCCAGUCACAUAUUCGACCUUCAACAAUGGAAGUGUGUUUGGCUUCCAAAAGGCAUCUGGAGCUGUGACACAUGCUGUUAGAGUGGGUUAUGAGGAUAUACUCAAUCACACCCAAUCAAUGGCCAGAAGCUUUGCGGAAUUACCAUCUCAGACUCAGAGUCCAAAUGAGUUAAUUUUGCGGGCUCUUAGAGAUUUUAUUACUGAAAGGCAUGGCGUACUGGAGGAUGGUUGGCGAGUGGAACUUAGACCAUCAAUGAUCAGCUCUGAUCUGUAUGCAGUUUAUUGUGCACCCGAUGGAAAGAUAUUUGAUUCCGUGUAUGAAGUAGCUAAUUAUCUGGGGCUACCGUCUGGCUACAAUUCUAUGGAAUCGGAAGCAAGAAAUGAAAUGUCUCUUUCUCUAGGUGGGGCUCACCUAUCCAGAAAAAGGAAGUCUUCCAGGACUCUGGCAGCCAAUGGUUUUGCGGAAAAGCAGGGAACCUUGGUCAAUAGUAAUUAUAAGGAUUGUUCUUAUGAUUUAAGUAUGGAAUGUGAUAAUGCUCAGGGGACUGUCCCAAAAGCGACUGAGAUUGGAAGAAAAGAGAAUGGUCACUCCGACCCUCAUCAAUCCGUUGAUGGACUUCCUGUGCAGUUUAAGGACUUCUAUGUUCUUUCUUUGGGAAAAGUUGAUGGGAGACCUUCAUAUUAUGAUGUUAACCUUAUCUUUCCUGUGGGCUAUAAAUCUUGUUGGCAUGACAAGAUUACUGGCUCUCUUUUUACGUGCGAAGUUUUGGAUGGGGGUGACUCUGGACCUAUAUUUAGGAUUAAAAGGUGUUCAUGUUCAGAAUUUCCUAUUCCAGAUGGGUCAAUCAGCCUUUCAAUGCAAAGUAAUUGUCAAUUUGUGAGCGAAACCAAUGAAGGUCAGAGAGAGACUCGUGAAAGUAUGGAUUUAGAUGGUGAUGAGAAUUUCCAGAUGCUGCUUUUAGAACCUUGUGCACCAACAGAAAACGACAUCUUGAGUUGUGUUGCCAGUUUCUCAAAUGAAGCAUAUGCAUCAGAAGGAUUAAGGCCAGUUGCUGGUUCAGUUCAAGAGAUUACUGGAAAUUCAUUUGCUGAUAAUAUGAAUUUUAGUGAUGAAAUUGGUGAUAUUUUGGUGGAAGAGCAGUCCUCAUCCUCAGCAUGGAGAGUUAUUUCUCAAAAGUUAAUCAAUUCUUGCAAGGAUAUUUGCAAGAAGAAAGGAAGUCUUAAAUUCUAUUGUAAACAUGUUGAGAGUGAAAUGGGAUUAUGGGAUUUAAGAAAUGGAAAAAGUGAUACCCGCUUCACUUUGUUGGAUAAAUUUUUUGGUUCACCUGUUUCUGUCAGCAUUCCAGAUACAAUUUAUGCAGACAAUGAUCUGAAUGGCUUUUAUGAGCUGUUAGAGAAAUGGUUGGAGCAGGAUAGAUUUGGAUUAGAUGCUGAAUUUGUGCAAGAAUUAUUGGAAAUGAAUCUUGGUGUGCAAGACUCUUUGCAAUAUGAACUUCUGAGUAGUAGAAAUAAUAGUUCUUCAUUGCCAACAGUAGACAAUGGUUUCCUAGUGGUCGAAUAUAAAGGUCAACCAAAAUAUCAGGAGGAAGAAGAAGCAGUUCGAGGUUUAUAUAGAAGGUCUAAGAAGGCAAGAUUGACUGAAAAGUACGUUAAGGAAGACCGACGUCCACCUCCUGGGAAACCACUGUGCUCAAGGGCUCCUACUGAACUGAUUGGUGACAUUUUUCAGGUUUGGGAGCUUUUAGAGCGAUUCCGUGAAAUUCUAGAACUGAAAGAACCAUUGUUAUUAGAGGAGCUUGAGAAGGAACUUAUCAACCCAUGGUUUGAUGAAUUAGAUUUCCCUGAGAAAUCUGAGAGGGGAAUGGGUGGAAGUCAAGUUUUAACUUCAGGUUCCACGGGAAGUUCUUUUAUUCAAGUGGAAACAGAAGCAAUGAAAGAGGAAGCCCAAGUUAAGCUUGCAUCUUUCACCUAUGUCAGAUGCUUUGGUGUAUCUUUGACCAAGGCCCAUAAUUCAUUACUAAGAGUGCUAAUAGGUGAACUGCAAUCAAAGGUGGCCGCUUUGGUGGAUCCGAAUUCUGAACCCGGAGAGACUCGGACAAGACGUGGGAGAAGGAAAGAUAUAGAUAGUGCAGUUCCUGCUAAACGAACCAAGGUCAAUAUGCUUCCUAUCAACGAAUUGACAUGGCCAGAACUAGCUCGUAGAUAUAUCUUGGCUUUCUUAUCAAUGGAUGGUAACCUUGAGUCUGCGGAAAUUACUGCCCGUGAAAGUGGUAAAGUAUUUCGUUGCUUACGAGGCGAUGGUGGUUUACUGUGCGGUUCCCUUACUGGUGUGGCUGGGAUGGAAGCUGAUGCACUGUUGCUUGCGGAGGCUACGAAGAAGAUUUUUGGUUCUUUGAGCAGAGAAAAUGAUGUACUCAUCAUAGAAGAAGAGGAGUCUGAUGCUAAUGGUGCUUCUGAAAUUAAAUUGGCAAAUGAUGGUAAAAUUCCUGAAUGGGCGCAGGUUCUGGAACCUGUCAGAAAGCUACCAACAAAUGUGGGAACCCGAAUCAGAAAGUGUGUUAAUGACGCUCUAGAGAUGAAUCCGCCAGAUUGGGCAAGGAAAAUACUGGUGCACUCAAUUAGUAAGGAAGUGUACAAGGGCAAUGCAUCUGGACCAACAAAGAAAGCAGUUCUUUCAGUGUUGAAAGAGGUAACUGAAGGAGAGCAGUCAAAUCCCAACAAGGGAAUGAAAAAGAAGAUUGUUAUAUCUAUUUCCGACAUAAUUAUGAAACAAUGCCGCAUUGUAUUACGUCGUGCAGCUGCUGCAGACGAUUCAAAAGUUUUUUGCAAUUUGUUGGGAAGAAAAUUAAUAAAUUCUUCUGAUAAUGAUGAUGAGGGACUUCUUGGAACUCCAGCUAUGGUGGCCCGCCCUCUCGACUUCCGAACUAUUGACCUAAGGUUGGCUUGUGGCGCGUAUGGUGGAUCUUGUGAAGCUUUUCUCGAGGAUGUACAUGAGCUGUGGUUCAAUGUUCGUGUUGCUUUUGGGGAUCAACCUGAUUUAGUUGAACUGUCAGAAAAAUUAUCCCAGAAUUUUGAAUUUUUAUACAAUAAGGAGGUUGUCACUUAUGUUGAAAAGUUCACUGAUUAUGCUAAAGCAGGAUGCAUCAGCGAUGAAAUGAAAAAAGAUAUCAACGAUUUCAUUGCAUCAACAAGUCAGAUUCCAAAGGCCCCUUGGGAUGAGGGGGUUUGCAAAGUAUGCGGAAUUGACAGGGAUGAUGACAGUGUUUUACUGUGUGACAAAUGUGAUGCUGAGUAUCAUAAAUAUUGCUUGAAUCCUCCACUUGCAAGGAUCCCUGAAGGAAACUGGUACUGUCCAUCUUGUAAUGGUGGUAAACAUGCAACUCAAGAUGUCACAGAACGUGCACAGAUUACUGGAAAACGUAGUAGUAAAAAAUUCCAGGGAGAAAUUAAUUGUCUUUACUUGGAAGCACUAACUCAUUUAUCGGCUGUAAUUGAAGAAAAAGAAUAUUGGGAGUACAGCGUGGGAGAGAGAACGCUUCUUCUCAAGUUUUUGUGUGAUGAGUUGCUCAAUUCUUCCCUGAUACGACAGCAUCUUGAGCAGUGUGCAGAGUUGUCUGUUGAGUUGCAUCAGAAAUUGCGUGCACUUUCUGUAGAGUGGAAAAGCUUGAAAAUUAAGGAAGAUGUUUUAUCCACAAAAGCUGCAAAAUUUGACACAUUGUCUCAAAUUACCAUCGGGGAAUUUGGUCUUAAGGAAGGGUUCACAUCUUUGUUCUCAAAUACUAGUAAAUGUCUGGUUAAGCCACAUACUACAACCACCAAUCCUAGUGGUCCUGGGGCAUUUGUUGAUAGUCUACCUUCAGAAGAGAUUCCCAAAGUGAAGUGUAGGUUCAAUAGUGUUGAUAAAAUAUCUGUGGCACAUUCAGAUUCUGAUAACCAGCAUAUGAAUUCUAUAGAAGGACAACUUAGGACAGUUCCUGUGGCUGCGGAGUCUCAAUGUACAGAUAAAUCCCUCAAGUCUUUACCAUCGUCAAAUCAUAUGCCUCAAGAAAUAAAUGGCUACAGUGGAGCAACUCAUAUUCAGGAUAACUACCAGAAAUGUGAGGUAAGGGACGUAUCUACUUGUGUGACAUACCAGCAAGGGCAAUGUGUGCCUGUUGAAGUUUCCCAAAAUGCUGUGAAUGAGUCAGAAACAUACCACCUUGAGCUCAACGCCGUCAAGCGUAAUAUUUCACUGCUGCAGGACUCUAUAAAUAGUGUAGGAUCACAGCUUCUGAAGCUCUCUGUUCGCCGGGAUUUUUUGGGUAUUGAUUCCAUUGGUCGACUGUACUGGGCUUUGGCUACACCCAGAGGACGUUCACGUAUAGUUGUUGAUGCAAGUGCUGUUCUUCAGCAUGGAAGAGGAUUGUCAGUUAGCAAAGAUUCUGCAGAGAAGUUUUCUGCUCUGCAGCAUUGUGCAGUAUUUGAGAGGGAUACCUAUAAGAUGUUAGGGCUGAUCAAGGAUUCCUCUCCUUUGAUGUCCCAACCACUUAAUGCUUUUGGCAGUAGUUCACCGUGGAUUGUUUAUGAAACAGAUUCAGAAAUUGAAGAGCUAUUGGGUUGGUUAAAAGAUUGUGACCCUAAAGAAAAAGAACUGAGAGAUUCCAUCAUGCUGGGGCCAAAAUAUAGACCUCAAGAGUUUAUUAAUGCACACACUGAAGGUCAGGUUGAGGACCAAGGACCUGUUUAUUUGCCAAGAAAUACAGUAUCUAACUCUCUUGUUACAAAGGCCACUUCUUUGCUGGAAAAGAAUUACGGUCCCUUCUUUGAGUUGGAUACUGCCGAGGUGUUGAAGAAGCAGAGUAAAAAGGCCAGAACAACUAAUGAUGAAAAGUUGUAUAGGUGUGAGUGCCUAGAACCCAUAUGGCCUUCUAGGAAACAUUGCUUGUAUUGCCACAAAACCUUUUUAAGCGAUGACGAGUUUGAGGGACACAAUGAUGGAAAGUGUAAUGCCGGACUUCUGGCCUUGGAGAGGAAUAAAGAAAAAAAUGGGUCUUCUAAAGGCAGAGGGAACAUGAAAUGUGAUGCCUCACAUGAAAAAUCCAGAGCUGAUGCAGAAACAGCUGGAACCUCAAUUAAUAGAUGUUCCAAGCUAAGUUCGAGAUUGAUCAAGUUUUCAAAUGAAAAUUCCUCUUGCCCAUUUAAGUUCGAAGAUAUAUGCUCAAAAUUUGUGACAAAUGAUUCCAACAAGGAAGUUGUCAGAGAAAUUGGUCUUAUUGGUUCAGAUGGUGUCCCAUCCUUUGUGCCUUCCAUAUCUCCUUUUGUUAGUGAUUAUACACCAUUCUUAGCCCUAAAGGAUGGUAGCAUUGUUGGUGGUGCUUCUAAAGCUUCAGAAAGCCGGGUUUCUCAGGAAAAAACUGAUGGAUCUGGCAUAUGCCAUGACCAUAAAUCAAGCAAAUCUGCUGAAAGUUUAGCCGCAAAUGAAAGCAACGAAGCAGGGAAAUCUAACAAAUCAUCUUUGGGAGAACAGAGAGAUGGAAACUCAUCUUUUUGUAGUUCCGCUUCAGAUAAGGGAGUUGAUGGCUGCUGUGUGGUUCCUUUGUCGUCGUUGAGACCAUUAGUUGGAAAAGUUUCUCAUAUUUUGAAGCAACUAAAAAUUAAUCUGCUUGAUAUGGAUGCUGCACUUCCGGAAGUUGCUCUAAGACCAUCAAAGGCACAGUUAGAAAGAAGACAGGCCUGGUGUGCAUUUGUCAAAUCUGCAGCGACAAUAUAUGAGAUGAUUCAGGCAAUAAUUUCACUGGAGGAUAUGAUUAAGACGGAGUUCUUAAGGAAUGACUGGUGGUACUGGUCAUCAUUCUCAGCUGCUGCAAAGUCUUCUACGUUGCCUUCUCUUGCUCUUCGCAUUUACUCCCUUGAUUCAGCCAUUAUGUAUGAAAAAAUGCCCAAUUCAAGUUUAAUGGACAGCUCUGAUCCUCCUGCCGCAGUGGAACUGAAACCAGUGAUCACAGUGGAUGCUGAUAAAUCCAAAGCAAGCCGGAAGUCAAACAGGAAAAGGAAGGAACUAGACAGUUAAUCUUAUGCUGUAUUCUUGGCUGAUAAAAUCAGACAGAUACUUCACUUUAUGUGAUCUGAUACGAUCAUGCGAGGAUGCAUGCAUGCGUUUGGAUGAAAUGGUCACUGGCCAACUUCAGGUUAUUAAAGGGGGCAGCCACAGCCUGCUGGUGCCACUUGCGCGCUUCUUGUACAUAUAGGUAAAGCUGACCUGCUAACUUGGAUGCUCGAUUUUGGCUAAGUAGAAUAUGUAGGAUUAUCUGCUUUCAGUGACGGCACCAGUAUGAAGGAAUUAUGAGGAUGCAUCCAAUUUUGAAAUGAUUAUUACUGCAGCUGUCCAAUUGGUUGCUCCAUAGGUAGAAGUGGUAUUAUAUUUUUGAUUUUUCUAGCAGAGUCUGAUCCAUAUAUGUAUACAAAUGGAAUUAAUGUAAAGUAGGAAUAGAAGAAAAGAAGUAAAAAAAAGAAAGGAUGGAAGUCGGACAAUGUUAAGUUGAGCAGUUGUAGGCAAUAUUUCAUUCUUUAUACAUUCUCUCUUCACCCCAUAAAAAGUCCUGCACACGCAUGCCCUUGAUUUUGUCUUGGGCAUUGCUGAUGUGUUAGAAUGCAGGGGAAUUUUUAGAGUCAAUGCAUUUUUCUAUCUGCUUUAUCGAA